AUACCAUCUAGUAAAGAGUUUUGCUUGCAGGAUCUUCCAGGGACUCAGUCCAUUGUUUAAGGGACCAUCUCUGAUUGAGGAGAGAAACAUUUGUGAUACAAUCUGUAAGGAAGUACGAAGUUUCCGUUAAGAGACACAGCUACAUCUGCUUUCUGCAGCUGCUAGAUAUCACUGUGUAGGCAGCACCUCCCUGACAGAGUUACCUGGUGAGAAGCAAGUGAUUCUGCACCCUUAAAGCAAAGAAGCUCCUUCACAACAUCUGAGAAGAAAGGAGGAGAAAAGGAACUGGGGGAAAAACAUGAGUUCUUCAAGUACAGAGUCCUCUGAAGUUGAACUCUCAACCUUUUAUGACUAUUACGAUAAUUACAACGAUGCUCCAAAGCCAUGCAGUAAGGAAAAUGUCAAGAGGUUUGCAGCCUCCUUCCUACCUGUUCUGUACACCCUAGUCUUCCUGGUUGGGCUCAUGGGGAACGUUCUGGUCAUUGUGGUCCUCUUCAAAUACAAGAGGCUGAAGAGCAUGACUGAUGUGUACCUGCUAAACCUCGCCAUCUCAGAUUUGCUCUUUGUUUUAUCCUUGCCGUUCUGGUCUUAUUUCACGAUAGACCAAUGGGUUUUUGGAACUCCCUGGUGUAAAAUAAUUUCGUGGAUCUACCUGGUUGGGUUUUACAGUGGGAUAUUUUUUAUUAUGCUUAUGAGCAUAGACAGAUACCUGGCAGUUGUUCGUGCAGUGUUUUCCUUGAAAGCAAGGACUGCCUUCCACGGCUUGAUUACUAGCCUUGUUGUAUGGCUAGUAGCACUUUCAGCCUCAGUUCCAGAACUUGUAUUUAGAGAAUCUUUUAGCGAACAUAAUUAUACUACCUGCAAGCCGAGAUAUCCAGGCAAUUUUACGACAUGGAAACUUUUUUCCACUUUGGAAAUCAACAUUUUAGGGCUCCUAAUCCCUUCUAUAGUUAUGAUAUUUUGCUACUUCAUGAUCAUUAAAACAUUAGUUCACUGCAGAAAUGAGAAAAAGAAUAAGGCUGUGAGGAUGAUCUUUGCUGUCAUGAUUGUGUUUUUCUUCUUUUGGACCCCUUACAACAUCGUCGUUUUCUUACAACUGCUCGAAUUUACGGGAGUCAUUAGAAGCUGUCACAUGAGCAGGAAUCUGGACUAUGCUUUCCAGGUAACGGAAAUCCUCGGCCUUUUUCACUGUUGCCUCAAUCCAGUCAUCUACUUCUUCAUGGGGGAAAAAUUUAAGAAGUACCUGAAGAUGCUUUUUAUGAACUGGCACUUACCUGGAGAUAUUUGCAAGUGGUGUGGAGUUCACAUCACUUACCACACUGAAUCUACCAAUUCACUUCACACUCAGUCUACGGGGGAUCAAGACGCUCUGUAAUGUGUUUCAGACCAGUCACUGAACUCACCAGCAAGCAAACUAACAAAAGCAGGAACUUUGAAAAGCCAAGCAAAUGCACAUGCAUUUAACAAGCUAGUGCUGGAUAAUUAAUUACUUCUGCUUUUAUUUCUGCCUUUAGAUUUUCUGAAUAUUGUGACAGAAAGUGUCCUAGAUGUGAAACGUGGGAGAUGGACAUGCCAGUUUUAUCUGCGGUGAUUACAAAUCACUGCUCAGAUAUAACAGCAGCCCCAGCUCUCCACAACGCACUGUGCAUGGAGGGGCAGAGGAGACACAGCCACUUGUCAUCAGCACAUGCAGUUGGAAAAUAUAUUCAUUUAUUCAAGAAGGAUGGUUAUUACCAUAUUUUCUUAUUCUACAGUUGAUCUGUGUAGGACUUGCUCGCUCUGACUCUUAGCACGCUAUUAACGGUGCCUGCUACUGUUACGUGUUUCAUCUCUGGGAGGGGAUACACCCUCUGUCAUUAAGAAAAAGGACACAAAAUAUAUUCUUUAUGUGCAUAAAGACGCAAAAGCAAGUGCAUUACCUUGUGUUACAGACAGGUUUCCUCCUACGUAUCCAAGUUGCCACA